AUGACUGAGCCCACUGCAGAUUUCAAUACACUGACCUUGUCAGUGGACCAGAAGGAUGGCGUAAAUGGAAGCCUCGAGUCACGGAAACGCGCUAAGAGUCAAUACGUCGUCUCUCAGGACCACAUCCACAAGAAACGCCCACUCCGCAUUAUCUGUAUUGGCGCCGGUAUCGCAGGAAUUGCGGCCGCAUAUAAGUAUCAGCGACGACUCAAGGAGGUUGCAUUCACCAUUUACGAGAAGAACCACGAUGUUGGCGGGACUUGGCUGGAGAAUCGAUACCCUGGAUGUGCGUGCGACAUACCUGCACACGGAUACACGUAUUCUUGGGAAGGAAAUCCCGAGUGGUCACGAUUCUAUGCAGAAGCUCCCGAGAUUCACGCCUAUUUCAAAGGAUGUGCAGUCAAAUGGGACUGUAUGAAGUACAUCAAAUUGGGCCACAGAGUCAUUCGAGCAGAGUGGUCUUCCUCUGAUUCCGUCUGGGAGGUUACUGCUGAAGUUCUCGAGACUGGUGCUACAAUCCGCGAUCGCUGCGAUGUGCUGCUCAGUGCCACGGGAGUUCUAAACAACUGGAAAUGGCCUGCGAUAGACGGCCUCCACGACUUCAAAGGCAAACUGCUCCAUUCUGCUCGGUGGGAUGAUUCAUAUGAUUUCAAGGAUAAAACUGUUGCAGUCAUUGGUGCCGGUUCCUCUGCUAUUCAGAUUGUACCAACUCUUACUCCAAAGGUCCGCAGGAUGAUCAACUUUAUUCGAUCUCCAACCUGGAUAACACCCGAGUUUAGCCAAUCCCUGGCUACAGAAGGCCGGGACACUAAAUUCUCAGCGGAGCAAAUUGAGCGUUUCAAAAAUGACAAAAAACACUUUCUCCAAUACCGGAAACUUGUCCAAAACACUGGCAGUUCCAAUUUUGGGACAUUCUACAAGGGCUCACCCCGCCAGCUCGAAGCUUUCAAGAACUUCUCCGCAAUGAUGAAGAAAAGACUCAACGACGACGAAGCUCUGGCUGCCCAGUUCAUUCCAAAGUUUCCGGUGGGGUGCCGUAGGUAUACGCCUGGAAGCGGGUAUCUGGAGUCUCUCGUGGCCAAUAAUGCCCAGGUGGUUAUGGACGAAAUCGAUCACAUUGAUUCCGAGGGACUUGUCACGAAGGACGGUAGCCAUCAUACCGUUGACACCAUCAUCUGCGCCACGGGCUUCGACACCUCUUUCAGACCAGCAUUUCCAGUCAUCGGACGGCAGGGCCGAGAUCUCGCAGAAUACUGGAGUGAGGAGCCUCUGCACUACAUGUCGAUUGCAGUCCCAGGCUUCCCCAACUACUUUAUUGUCGGAGGCCCCAACAGUCCCAUUGCAAGUGGAUCCCUGAUCUCCGGACUCGAGGUGGAGAUCGACUACGCUUACAGCUGUGUUGAGAAGAUGCAGACCGAGAACAUCCUUUCGAUGGAAGUCAAAGAGGAAGCGAUGCAGGAUUUCAUCGAGCACCGGAACGAGUCGAUGAAGGCGUACGUCUGGAGCGGCGAAUGCCGGAGCUGGUACAAAAAUGGAAAACUGGAAGGCCCCGUCAUAGGGCCGUGGCCCGGCUCGUCCUGGCACUUCAACGAGGCACUGGCAAAGCCCCGGUUUGAGGACUACAAUCUAAAUUACGUGCGACGCAACAGAUUUGCUUAUCUCGGGUAUGGCCGAACGCUGCGAGAAGAGCUGGGACAAAGCACUGCGGAGCAUUUGACAGAGGAAGGGAUCGUGGACACGUGA